GAAACAUGGCGAUGCCUAUGAGCAACGUGGAUGAAAUCCGCGACAGAGUGAUUUUGGGUGAAUUUGGUGUUAAAAAUGUUCAUUCCACACAUUUCCCUGGAAAUUACCCUGGUUAUGAUGACACAUGGGACUUCAGAAAAUUUAAAAAGAAUUUCAGGCUUGACAUUGUUCAAAUGGAUGAAAACACAUUGGAGUUUGAUAUGGUGGGAAUAGACGCUGCCAUUGCCAAUGCUUUCCGGAGGAUACUGAUCGCUGAGGUCCCAACCAUGGCAGUUGAAAAGGUUUUCAUUUACAACAAUACAUCUAUCGUUCAAGAUGAGAUCUUAGCCCACAGACUCGGCCUGGUACCAAUCAAAGCGGAUCCUCGUCUUUUUGAGUACAGAAAUGCUGGUGAUGAGGAAGGCACUGAAAUUGACACAAUUCAGCUUCAGUUAAAAGUAAAAUGCACAAGGAAUCACAGGGUAUCCAAAGACUCAUCAGAUCCCAAAGAGCUGUACCUUAAUCACAUGGUGUACUCCAGAGACAUGAAGUGGGUACCUAUUGGAAACCAGGCUGAUGUGUUUGCUGAUGCUAAUAUUGGUCCUGUGCAUGAAGACAUUCUCUUGGCUCAGCUGCGGCCGGGUCAAGAGCUAGACAUAGUCAUGCACUGUGUUAAAGGAAUAGGCAAGGACCAUGCCAAGUUUUCCCCAGUGGCCACUGCUAGUUAUAGGCUACUUCCUGAGAUCACAUUACUGGAGCCAGUCGAAGGAGAAAAAGCUGAGAGAUUAAAACACUGUUUCUCAGCUGGAGUGAUUGAACUGGAGAAUGUUGAUGGAAAACAAGUCGCUAAAGUAGUCAACAGUCGACUGGACACAUGCAGCAGAGAGGUGCUCAGGCAUGAUGACCUUAAGGGUUUGGUAAAACUAGGAAGAGUGCGAGACCAUUUCAUAUUCUCAGUGGAGUCUACGGGAAUCCUACCACCUGAUGUGCUGGUCAGUGAGGCAGUAAAUGUACUCAUUGCCAAGUGCCAGAAAUUUCUCAGUGAGCUUGAUUCAGUGUCUGAAAUGGAAUAGAUGAAGGAUUUUGGCCCACAUGCACAGCAGUCAUCAUAACCAGGACCUAAAGACUGUAAAACUGCAGGAUGUGGGAGUGCAUGGUUAAGAAACGUUUACUUUCUGAAUUAUGAAAUCAGUCAUUCAGACAGCCCUGAGGAUGUAAGAGCCACUUAUCAACACGGGCUACAGCAAAGUUAUCUUGACCUGACACAGCUCAAGUUCAGUUCAGGUUUAUAAAGCAACACAAUUGUUUAAUUUACGUGUCACUUGACUGGCCUGAUAAUAGCUAUGAUGUACACAGAAAAAAGUAUGUCAGCAUUGUUGGCAUUUGAGGUCAGUAUGUGAUACCACAGACAGACAUUUCGACACUUCAGUGUGUACUGAGAAAAGCAAAAUAAAACAUUAAACUCUCAAUUAAGAAAUGCUUAAGGGUAUUGCCAUUGUAUGUCUACAUCUUUUUCUUAGUAAUAAUAAUAAUAAAAAAAAUAAUUUGUAGUCAGUAGGCAAUGUGCUUGAUUUGGACUAGUGUUUGGUUACAUCCAGUUCAGAGUAGUGGCAAGAUUAAUUAAUAAAUAAAUAAAUAAUACUGCAAACACCUUCAUAAUAAAUGCUUAGUUUUGUGAGAGUUAUGACAUUACAGACAGCAGUAAAAAAAUCUGAUCAGUCAUAACAUUAAAACCAUCUCUUUGAUUCUACACUGUGUCCAUUUUAUCAGCUCCACUUACCAUAUAGAAGCACUUUGUACAAUUACUGACUGUAGUCCAUCUAUUUCUCUACAUACUUUUUUAGCCUGCUUUCACCUUGUUCUUCAAUGGUCAGGACCACCACAGAGCAGGUAUUAUUUGACCAGUGAUCGCUCAGUGGUAAAGGUACUGGACUAGUAAACAGAAGGUUGCCGGUUCAAGCCCUGGCACCACCAAGUUGCCACUGUUGGGUCCCUGAGCAAGGCCCUUAACCCUCAAUUGCUCAUCGUGUAAGUCGCUUUGGAUAAAAGCGUCUGCUAAAUGCUGAAAAUGUAAAUGUAAAUUUGGGUGGUGAAUCAUUCUCAGCUCUGCAGUGACACUGACGUGGUGGUGUGUUAGUGUGUGUUGUGCUGGUAUGAGUGGAUCAGACACAGCAGCACUGCUGGAGUUUUUAAAUACCGUGUCCACUCACUGUCCACUCUAUUAGACACUCCUAAAUGUAAAGUGUAUGUAAAGUCAGAGACGAUCGCUCAUCUAGUGCUGCUGUUUGAGUUGGUCAUCUUCUAGACCUUCAUCAGUGGUCACAGGAUGCUGCCCACGGGGCGCUGUUGACUGGAUAUUUUUGGUUGGUGGACUAUUCUUAGAUGGACUACAGUCAGUAAUUGUAGAACUACAAAGUGCUCCUAUAUAGUAAGUGGAGCUGAUAAAAUAGACAGUGAGUGUAGAAACAAGGAGGUUGUUUUAAUGUUAUGACUGAUCGGUGUAUAGAUCAGUGGUCUGAGAAGUUCUGCUGAGUUUUUUAGCCUUGUGUUUGCCAAGCUCAUAAACAUGUCAAACUUGUUUUCCUUUUUCUUUAUUUCUGGCCUGGUCAUUUUUGCAUGUUUAGAAUCUGAAACAGGUUGUCAGGUCUUGUUUUAGGACUGGUAAACACAAUCAAAAAUAAGUCAGAAUUAUUGUGUGGUAAUUAAACAUGCUGCAAAUGAGUCUAGGUCAAAACACCAACAACACUGUGUUACUUUUAGCUGUUUUUGGCCCUUAGCUGCAGACAACAAUUUUUUUUAAAUUGUGGUAAAUCUAAAGGUUCAAGUUUCUAUUUGACUCAUAUGACAAAUUAGAUGCAUUGUAAUAAAGUUCUGUUUUUGACAUAA